CGCGCUUGGUCGUAUCGCAGUUGCACACAACCAACUGGAUACGUGUUUUCUAUUUUAUUUACAAAACAUAUAGUAAACAGACAUCACAUCUCCCGUUAAGAUACGGCCUUUGAUGGGAUUCGAGUGUGCAUGAAAGAGAAGAUAUAUAGACCAAAAGAGCUGGAGCUAUUUUAAAGUAAGACAGAGAAUGUUGUGUACGCAUAAUUUGUACGUGGCUUUGUAUCAAAUAUUGUGAACCAACAAAAAUGUGGUUAAUUAUUUCAGUGAUGUGAACAAAAUGAUUUGUCGGCGAUUUCAAAAUUACUUACAUAAAGUUUUACCAAACCAAAAAUAAACAGGACAACACAUUGAUUGAAAUAUAUGUUUAAAGAGACAUUUUUAUUUUGAUGGUUGGUGUUUUUGUAUAUAUAUAAUUUGGAAACAAGACAACAUCGUUUCGGAGUCAAAACGAAGUUAGAAAUUUGUUUCGAUGAAAUUUUCUUCCGGUCCGGAGUGUUAGAGAUAGAUUCGAUCGAUUUGUUUGUUUAUUGAAUUUCAAUCACUACAUGUACACAAACACUUUGUGCACCACUGUCAGUUUAUCAUGUUUGGAGCGAGUAGGAGCUUAAUGUAAAUAAUUUUAAUGAACAAUGUUUAAACUAUAAGUGUUGUUGUUUUUUUUUUUAAAUUUGUGUUUGUUGAUCUACGGCCGAUCAAACGCUAACCACCCCACUAAAUUGAUGAACGCAUAAUUUGAUGAAAACACGAAACAUCACAUGAAAAAACGGGAAUAGUUUUAACGGUAAAACGUAAUAAUCCAUUGUCCUGCGCGCACAAACAAACACAUACACACACACGAUGUUGCUGUGGAGUUAUUGUUAAAUAGCAAAAAUGAUUAGACGCUUAAAAUACAACAGUGAACAUUUAAUUUGUAAAAUUUCAUAAUCGGUUUGUCGAUUGUGUCAAGUGACAAUUGCUGGUAAAAUACCGUCCGUACUGUGUGUAUGUGUGUUGGUUUGUUGGAUAGACCGAGAGCUAAAUUGAUCGUUAAACACCGAAAUUCAGGCGUUUUGUGUGCGGUCGAGUGAAGAAUAAGCGCCCGUUCAACAUCACAUAGAUUGUGCAGUUGUGAUGUGGUCAUGGACUAGAACACUGUGAAAGGUGGAAAAGAAAAGUGAAGAGAAGUGAAGGAUCAUUUCAUUUACAUAUGGUUGACGAAAUGCCUGUGCUGCUAGCAUUUACAGAUCUGGUGCCUUAUUCGUCAUCUUCAACCGAUGCAAACGAAUCAGCGUUAUAUGUUACAUCACCAACCACAACCGCUGCCAUUGUCGAAGACCGAUGGUUUCUAUUGACCAUUAUAUGCAUAAAAACCAUCAUUUUUGGUACAAUAAUCAUUGGGGCCGUAUUGGGCAAUGCGCUGGUCAUUAUUUCGGUUCAACGAAAUCGUAAAUUACGCGUUAUCACAAAUUAUUUCGUUGUGUCGCUGGCAAUGGCCGAUAUGCUGGUCGCAUUGUGUGCCAUGUCAUUUAAUGCAGUGCACAAUUUACAUGGCAAAUGGAUAUUCGGUCAAUUUAUGUGCCGAAUGUAUAACAGUCUCGAUGUAUACUUUUCAACUGCCAGCAUUUUACAUCUGUGUUGUAUAUCGGUCGAUCGGUUUGUUUGCAUAGUCAGGCCGCUUGAAUAUUCACUUUAUAUGACACAUCGAACGGUAUUCUUUAUGUUAGCAAAUGUAUGGACGCUGCCGGCUCUGAUAUCAUUUACACCAAUAUUUCUGGGCUGGUACACAACAAACGAUGCGCUAAAAUACCAAGCUGAACACAGCGAUGACUGUAUUUUCGUUGCAAAUAAAACGUAUGCAAUAAUUUCGAGUUCGAUUAGUUUUUGGAUACCUGGACUUGUGAUGAUUACAAUGUACUGCCGCAUUUACAGGGAAGCGGUACGUCAGCGAAAAGCGCUGAGUCGAACGAGUUCGAAUAUCCUUUUGAAUAGCGUUCAAAUGGGUCACAAUGCACAUAAUUUCAACCAAUAUCAUCACAUUAACUAUAAUCAUCCCAGCGAUUGUGACCUAAAUUCAAAGCUUAAGGAUCUAAAAGAAGAGAGCAGUCAGCAUUCGUUCAGCAACAUUGAGGUUCAACUGGUCGAGAGUAUGACGGUCGAUGAUGGUGAUGCGGAUAUUUUGCGGGUACCAUCGCCACCACAACGACGAUUAAGUCGAAGCAGCAUCGAUUUACGAGAUUUGGAACAACAACAAUUACAACCCCACGACCGUGUUGCGCACACAGAUAGUGCACCAUCAAUGAUUGCAUUGGAAAAUUUUUAUUUAAAGGAUGGCAACAAAAAUAAAUCGGAGAAUCAUUUCCAGCCGCUUAUUUCGAAAAAAAAAUUCUUAGACAAACCAUUGGAAUGCUUUCACACCCAACCAAAUAACAAACCGACAAAUGCCAUUGAUACGUUAACCAUUGAAAGUGAUAAUGAAGAUCUUGCACGUUUUAUCGAAGAUAAUUAUCAAUAUUUUAAAAAACAAAAUGGCGGCACCGAUUUCACAUCAUCCACGUCGCCGGCAAUGGCGGGCAUUACAAACAAAACAAUCGAACAAACAAAUCGAAAUUUGCAGCUACAAGCAUGCAGCGAUCCCGAUUUUCUAACAUUGAAAAAUAACAUCGAUUGUUGUGAAUCAUGUAUCGGUGGUGUGAAUGCGAUAAAUGCAUGUGAAAAGAAAAUCAAGAGUAAAAAGCAUAAAAUGUCAGCGCUCAGUGACUCUGAUUUCAUUGUAUCGUUUGGCAAUAGAUCAAAACGAUUUACAUUGAAAUCGAAAAUUCCCUUCAAGACUAUUCUCAAUGGAAAAUUUCCCAAGAUUAAUCAUAACAAAUACAAUUCAUUGGAGCAACCAUCAACGGCGGCAACGGUGCUAACGCUUUCAACAGCAACAACCCCAACACCGACAAUGACGACCAAUCCAAUGAAUUCAACCAGUUCAACAUUAAUUACCGCUAAUCUCCAACACGAUUUGGCCCAAACAAAUAAAAAAUACGCUCACAAAGGACUUAACAAUCACUUAUCACAAUCGUUAAAUGGCUGUUAUCUCAGCAGCAAAAAGUAUGACCAAGCAAACCAAUCAAAGUCCAUUCAACGUGUUCUAAGCGAGGGCAAUGAAACGCCCGCCACACACACCGCCGACCAACAAUCACCAUCCAAUUAUAGUCAAUCACAUCAGACGAGACAGCGAUUCCAUCAAUCUCACGAUGCCUUUGACAUGUUUGUGAAAUUGUUUCAGUGCGAAAAAAAUAAUAAAAAUAUGUGCGAUCGGCAAUCGACGAGCAAUAAAUUUAAUUACAAAAUUGUGGUUAACUCCAAGGAAUUCGACUAUUGCGAUAGUAUUUUGGGUAAUUAUUCGCCAAAUGCAAUUGUAAAUGUUAACCAAAAUGCAAUCAUGACCGCUGACAGUGUGGACAAAGUCAAUGUGUCAACGAAAGACGAGGGUAUAAAAUCGAAAUCGGAUUGGCCAAUUGAUGCUGUGUCCACUUCAAGCAUUUGUGAUGGUCAAAAACUUAUCAUGAAUCAUCCGUAUGAAGAGCAUGUUCUAUACAAUCUAAAUGCCGACGUUGGUUUGCACACCGGUCACGUUUUGGUAAAUAAUUUAGUAAUUACAUCGCCGCCAGUAACACCAAAACAAUUGCUUAGCCCAAAAACGAUAAACAAAGAGCAAACGGUUGCUCAUUCGCCGGUACAAAAUUAUUUUUCAUAUUCGCAAAAUCAUCUCAGUCCGCAUAUGAUAAAUGCGUCGGACACAACUAGCAUGUCAAUGGAAAUGAUUGCAAAUAAUAAUUCACCGCUCGAGCAUUUAGUUAGCAUUCGAACCGAUUCCGAUAUUAUAAUGGUGCAUGAUUUAAAAGUGAACGAAAUUGGUAGCGGAAAUCUACGUUCAUCCAAUUCAACGCUCAAUAAUGGCAAUGCAGCCGGCGAACAAAAUUUUAUCAAAAACGAUUUAGCGUUAAUCAAUUCAAGGACGAAAUGUGAUAAAAAUAAUAGUUGUGCAACGGGUAAUAUGGGCAGCGGUCGCAUUCGUAAACCAUCCGUUACAUACGACAUCAAUGUUAUCAAUAAAUCACAAGAUUUUAAUAUCGACGACAUUUGCCCGCAGCGAAGCAGCUAUGCCGCACGAUCUGGAUCAACAACAUCAACAAACCAUAAAUCUGGUGGAGCAAAAUUUGUAUCGACUACGACUACGAUACAUAGACGUGGUGCUAUAUGCAUUAUAGUUAAUAAUCCAGACGAGGAUAGCCAAUGUUCUGACAAUAACAAUGUUGACAAUGACGGUGAAAACAAUUCAGAUGACUUUGAUGUUGGCAAAGUAUCGGACGAAUGCAGCGAUGCAACCAAUAUUUGCGUUCAAGUACAACCAACGAAAUUACAAUUUUGGCACAAACUGUUGAUGCCAACGACAAAAACAACAACGACCACAACACAGCAACAUCAACGACGCAAAAGCAAAAAAAAAUCAAGAAAAAUGUCCAAAGGCAAGCAGUACAAGUGCCACAACAAUCCGAAGACUUCUCGAAAAAGCAAUAAUAAAAACGAUGGAUCAAUACGACCAGCAAAAGGAUGGCGCGCUGAACAUAAGGCUGCCCGCACACUGGGAAUAAUAAUGGGUGUAUUUUUGCUGUGUUGGCUUCCAUUUUUCCUCUGGUACGUAACAACAUCAUUGUGCGGUGAUGAUUGUCCAUGCUCUGAUCUAUUGGUGACCAUAUUAUUUUGGAUUGGAUACUUCAAUUCUAUGCUGAAUCCAUUAAUUUACGCUUACUUCAAUCGAGAUUUUCGUGAUGCUUUUCGUAAUACGUUGGAAUGCGUUUUUUUGAAUUGCUGUUGGGCGAAAAAGACACCGUAUAACGCAUACUAUGUGUAAUCGAUACCCCCGAAAUUAAAGCCAGCACUUUUGGAUUAUUCAUUUAUAAACCGAUUAAAAAAAAA